GUAAAGUCAAUUCAAUUUGUGAACACAAUACUUUACCGUUAUCACAAUCGCUCAACGUGCUUAAUACAUCUGAUUCAAGACUCCGAAUGUCAUAACAGUAUUGCUGUUCAUUCUUGAUAUCUGUAAAAGGAUUCAACUCGUGAUCAACAAUGCCUGGAGAUUCUGAAAUUUGGGAGGUCAGUGAUGAUUCCUCCACAUCGGGAACUGACACGGAGAACGAUUCACCUCCUACUGUUGACAGAUCUCGCAGCAGCUUGAAUACACCUUUUGUGACAACCCAAGAAGAUGCAUUUGUGAAAUUGAAAACAAAUCUCCGGGACCAUUUUGAUAAUAUAAGCAUUGGUACUACAUUCUCCCACCAAGGUAUCCUUCCGAACGCACCCAAUCCAGGAAUUUCUCUUCACGGCUAUGGUACAAUUGAAUUCCCGCUCACUGAUCAUGACUUUGAAAGAAUAAUGGCAGCAAGCGAUUCAGAAUCUGGCGAGUCCUCUGGAGAUACACUUACUCCUUCUCAUGUGUAUACCAUUCCCGGCAACAAGAUCGCUACGAGAAACCCCGCUUGGACAUCAGUGGUUCAAUCUAUAGUAGAAAAAGUGAAGAUUGGGCUGGGAUUGGAGAAUAAGAGUGCUCAUGCAGAGCUGUGUGCUCUCGUGUAUCACUCACCUGGAAGUACCGCAGAGAUUACCAACUCGGUUGUGAUGCCAUCUAGACACAACUUUGGAAUAUUAGACAUCAUUCUGCCAUCUGCUAGAGGAAGCGAAAAGUUCAUUCUUGAACACAAUGGGAAGAAACUCCAAUUACACAACAACGGAUGUUCCGAAUGGGACUGCUCAUUUCUCUCAUGGGUUUUCACAGAUAUAUCGGUUAAGAGUAAAUCAUUAUCUUCAGACCACCGCCUUAUCCUCAGGUAUGAUCUUCAGCAUACCAUACCGGAAGAGACUAGUUCCGCUACAGCUAUAGAAGCCUCAUUGUCUAAUCUACAAAGCAUAUUGCAACCCUGGACAAGAGACCGCGUGUUAGUCCCACAAGAUAUACUGGGAUAUGUGCUUUCAGAAGCCGACCAAUCUGAUAUUUCCCUUCAUAAGCUCCGUGGAAAGGAUCGUCUUGUUGUCAAUCAACUCAAGGAAGUCUGCGCGGGAAGCAAUUUUGAGCUCUACUUUGCAACAUUACAGAAAGAAGCCAGUGGCCCAGCUGAAUCGUCUGGAGAUGACUAUUAUGGUUACGAUGAAUCAGUCGACAAAAGUCACGUCAUGGUGGAAGUUGAAGAGGAAUCAUUACACCUCACCAAACUUGUGAAUCUCGAUGGUGAACUGCUACGUGCAGAUUGUGGGUUUCUUGAUGAAGUAAACCUCAUCAACGAUGACGACCCUUUUGACGGUGCCUGCACGGAUACAGAGAACUACGAUGAUGAAUACAUGACAAAAUAUUAUGGUGCUCCUAUGGUAGUCCUCAUACCUCGAGCUUCUCGAUUCCAAUUCAUGUUAGGCAAAUUAAAUAAAUGGGACAGUGACAGAAACGAAUGUGUCCUCAAGUAUAUGGCAGAUCUGGGGGAAAUAACUUCCGAAUCCCCUGCCGCUGACCGGGAAGACAUGAAAAAAGUAUGCGAAAUAGUACUUGCGAAAAGCGAAAGCGGUUGGCCGAGUAAUGUCCUAUCGGGGUUCUCGCAUAGGGUAUAUCUCUUGGUAAUCAGCUCGAUAAUAGACCUUGAUGACAAAGUACUCCUUGAACGCACGUUACCAACUUGCUUCUCAGGUCCUGAGUAUCAGCCGUUACUAGAUAAAUUAAGGGAGAAAAAGGGACCUCUAUGGAUGCUGGCUAGAGCCGAAUCAUAUAUUGCUGCGAUUCCCGCUCUCGGUAGUCGGUGCAAAGCGAUUGAAAAUCUAUCUCAAUAUCAAAUGGAGACCGAUUGGUCCUCCAAUCAAUAUGAAUUAGCAUUAUCGGCAUGUGCCCCAUCUCUGGGUGUAUCUGAUGUGGCACAAUUGAUUCAAGUAGCAAGAGUAUUGUCUGAGAAACAGAUCAUCGAAAUUUAUGCCCCUUAUGAUUAUUUAUCGAGAACCUCCACUAAUUGACGUCAGUUUCCUUCCAGCCAUCAAACCGUGUUUGAAUAAGCAACAAAUGCUGUGCUCAAUCUUGACGCAUAUCUCAAGAAGUCUCUCAUUAAGCAAACGCACACCGCUGCCACUUGAUCUAGUGUUUAAAGAAAUAUUAGCAACUAAUAUUGGUAGAUUGGAGUUAUUGAAUCUCAGAGACUGGCCAGACGAUAUUUCCUCAACAGAAGGCGAGGCAGGCUACCAUGUCAGAUACGCACUAGGUAAAACGUGGCAACAGCGGAAGUAUCGGAGCAUAGCCCUCGUUGUUUGUCUGGCUUACCAAAAAGAGAUGUUCCUCGAGCUCGAGUAUCUCUUCAGAGGACUUUGCGACCAAGUUCAGUCUGUAAAAUGGGCUUCUUUUAAUGAUACAUUCAUGCCAUUCCUCGAAGCUCUGGCUAAUUCUAUACGCGAUGUUAUCCCGACCGCAUUCAAUGCACCAUUAUUCAAGCAACUUUUUCAGACUAUUGUCGGCUCGUAUGUCAUACGUUAUCAUGAAGAAAAGCCUGUCAAGCCCGUAAGAUGGACUCGCGACAUUCGAGGAUGCAACUCGAACUGCCCAGACUGCAGAUUACUAGAUCAAGUUUUAUUAGACCCUACUCGAAAAAAGUAUGUGUUCUAUUUAAACGCACAACGAAGACAGCAUUU